AUGCAGGCUGUUCAGGUGAUCUCGCUGACUUUGCUUUGUGCUGUUGCCACCAGUGCUCAGGUCAUCAGUUUUGGGAGAUGCCCCAAACCAGCGGUCCAGGCCAACUUUGACUCCAGCAGGUACAUUGGUAAGUGGUACGAGAUUCAGAAGCUCCCCACCAAUUUCCAGAAGGGAGAGUGUGGUACUGCCACCUACAGCCCAAAGAGCCCCGGAGUCAUCGGCGUCUUCAACAAAGAGUUGCUUAAAGAUGGAACCAUUAACUCCAUUGCUGGCAGUGCUAAAGUGAAGAAUCCAGAGGAGCCUGCCAAGCUUGAGGUGUCUUUCAAUGGCACUCCCCCCGGGCCGUACUGGGUGCUGUCCACCGACUACCAGGGCCACUCUUUGGUCUAUGGGUGCCAGGAGUUCGGUGUGUUCAGAGGGGAGCUGGCCUGGAUCCUGAGCCGUGAGCCCACCCUCCCGGACGAGACUCUAGAGGAGCUGCACAGCAUCCUCAGUGCUGCUGGGGUCGAUGCCAGCAAGAUGGUGCCCACCAACCAGGACAGGAACUACUGCAGCCCCAUGGAGGAGUGA